AAGGAACCCGCAGCUUCACCAAAUUGGAUCCAAGUGGCCGGACCUAAAAGUCUCGACAACCCAUGCGUAAAAUUGAAUCGGCCAUUCUCUCCUUGUUGAUUAUUUGACGUGGGGAUGAGUUGACCUUUGAUCUUUGUCAACGUCCGCUCAACUGCCGUCAUCCUGCAGGUGGAGCUAGUGCACAAGACAGCAGCCAGCCCAAGGACUGAUGGAGAAGCCGACGUUCAAACGUUGACAGCUUGAUGUGACCUCACUGACAUUUGAGGCUAAUAGGCACGUGGUUGUUGGCAGUAAAGCUGGAAAUGUGCUGUGGUGUGUGAUGCGGUGGGGGGAAGGACCCUCAGUGGCCCCUCAGUGGCCCCUCAGUGGCCCCUCAGUGGCCCCUCAGUGGCCCAGGAAGAUGGAAGAGCUUGUUGACAAAACAAAUGAGGAAAGAGGAUAUCUGGCCCAAGGGGGAUCAAAUUAGCCACUUUGAAAACAACAACCAGUGAGUGACGAAGAGCAAAUUGGACCAUUGUGCUCGUCACGUUAAAGACCACAAAUGGUGACCGGUCGACAUCCACUAAGUUGUUACGCAUGACAUGCGAGUCCGUUUAAGAUGGCCGCCGCCUCCAACGUGCUGCCCUUUUGAUGUGAAUUAGCUUCAAAUAGUGCUGUCAAAUGGAAGCGGCUUGUCUCAGCUCCCCCUUUCGCCCUCCUCCUCGCUAAGCAGACAUGUGAUUAGAAUUGCCGGCGUUUGCCCUCCAGUCGGCUCGGUGUUAGGCUCCUCGCUGGCUCCGCAGGAGAACUGUUAGCAGCCAGGCCUUCGAUCGACGAGAAUGAUGGGCGGCGUGAGCGUCCAGGAGCUGGAUCUUUCCAAGCUCACCGACGACGAGGCCAAACACGUGUGGCAAGUUGUUCGGCGAGAUUUUGACCUGAGGAAGAAAGAGGAAGACAGACUUGGAGAACUCAAGAGCAAGAUUGAGCGAGAAGACUUUAAGAGAGAGAUGCUGGCCGAGUGGGCCGAUUUGACGCAGUCUCACUGCAUUCGCUGUCUGAAGACCUUCAAGUUCCUGCUGAAGAACAAGCGGCAGUGUCUGGACUGCCGUUUGCACGUGUGCGGCUCUUGCAGCCGUUACAACAAAAAGGAGCACGGCUGGCUGUGCGAUGUCUGUCACAUGGCCAGGGUCCUCAAGAUCGGCACCCUGGAAUGGUACCACAAGAACGUGCGCAUGCGCUUUAAGCGUUUCGGCAGCGCCAAGGUGAUGCGAUCGCUCUUCAAAAGACUCGGCGAGGAGAACUCUUGUGAUGACGAUGACGACGAUGAUGAUGCAAAGCAUCACCAAUACGACACACAGAGUAACCCCGAAGUCCACACCCUGGGAUUGGAAGACAGUUGUAUGAAUGCCACCGAUUCACAGCGCUGCGUUAAUCAGAUGAAAAAAACCCGAAGGCGUCUCACUGUGGACCCCAUCGUUUUUGGCCUGGACUCGGGACCAGGCUCUCAGCAGUUGCUGAAAGACCAAGGCAAAUUUGUGGACGUCGGUUCGGACCUUUGCUUGACUCCACAACAAGAUGACCCGGUCUACUCGGACAACGGCACCUUUCCGUCUCGCUGCACUUCCCGGCUCAGCUACUCUUCUUAUGGCAGCGGGAGCGGCGGGGCACCCCAGCGAGGCUACUUCCUGGGACCCUGUGAUGAUGAUGAUGACUCAGAGGAAGAUGAUGAUCUCACACGGUCCUACCCCAUGUACCGAGCUCAUUUGAGACCUCGCGAGCAUGUUUCACACGAGAGCCUCAACUACCCCAAGCAGCCACCGCAGAUCAGCGAGCUGAACCGACGAAUGUCAGCCAUCGAGAGCCUUUUAAGCCGCAUGCAGGAGGCCGAGCUUCGUGACGACGAGGCACCUCAAGCCAGAGAUAGUGCUUCUCCUCUUUGCGAGUGGGAGGACAUGGACCUGAACAUGGAGGAGCAUCAACUGAGACAAAAACUGAUGGCGAUGGCGGGCGACAUAAGUGACCACAGCCUGAGUUCUGACGAGGAGGAGUCCACCCGCUCGCUCUCCUCUCAAGAGACCUCGGCAGAGAAAAAGUUCAGCAGAAGCGUGGUGGUCCCUACAUGGAAUCCGCUGACAAGCUCUCAGAAGGCAGAGCAUUCCAGCGAAAGCCUGGAGCACAAAUGGCAAGAGGAAGGCUCCAAGUCGAGCUUCAAAGGUUCCACGGCGUUGCUGUUUGAGCUGGAGGACAAAAUAGCCCAAGCCGCGGCCAACGUGCACGACGCCCAGACUCAGGUGUCCUUCAUAGAAAAUCGGAUCGCCGCUCUCAACCCUGGCGGAAUGCCGCUGGAAAAAAGACAAAAGUCCGGAGUCCUGCUCAGAACAAGAAGACUUUCCCAAUACUUCCCAACAACAAAUGGGAAUGAAACAGGACUCAUGAGGAGAAGACUAAGCUUGGUGUGAGAUUUCAAGACAACGAUGAACCGUCCUGUGAUGUUUGUUCUUAGGUCAAUACGACCCGGCGCACCGUUUUGGACAAGCUCACCAAUGGCACGAUAUAGUUGACAUAUUACAGUAUGCAAAUUGCUCCAAUAUUUUUUAGAAUAUAGUCAAAACAAAAAUAAGGAAGAAAAAUAGAAGAGGAGCAUAUUUUUUUCUGCGUUUUAAAUUAACACACGAGGUUCAUCUAAAACAAGUGAACCCAUCUCAAAUGCAUUUAGCUGACAUUGCUGUUUGUUUGUUUGUUUGUUUGUUUGUUUGUUUGUUUUAAAUAUACACUUUGCAAUCAAUUUA